AUGGCGAAUUUUAAUAAGGUGGAAGAAAUACCUACUUGGAAUGGCUUGACUACUCCGAAAAUACAUGACAGAAUGAAAGCUUUAUUUCAAUCUAGUAAAUGGCACGAUUGUUCUUUUAAAUUAUGGAAAUCGGAUGGAACCGCGUCAAGUAGUCCAGUUUUCGAAGCUCUUUGUUUUGGUCCACUCGCCGAAAAAAAUACAAUUGAAAUACCCGACGUCGAUCCAGUGGCUUUUCGAACCAUGUUGUGCUUUAUUUACACUGAUGGUAUAGAUUUUGAUUCUGUAGAGCUAGCUUGUAACGUAUUAUACGCUUCAAAAAAAUAUUUAAUUUACGCAUUAAUUCAUUUAGCCAUAACAUAUAUAUCUUGCCAGAUAAACGAAAGCAAUUGCCUACAGAUAUAUGAAUUUGCUAAAUUUAUCAAAGAAGAAAAACUUAUUGUCGAAUCGUGGAAAUAUUUAUGCUCUCAUUUAGAUGAUGUUUUGGAUUAUUUUUCAAGUGAAUCUCUUUCUUUAGAUCUUUUAAAAAAUUUAGUCAAUGAAGAAGCUUUAAACGGUGGGGAAUUUAUUAUUUAUAAGUUAUGUUUAAUGUGGGCAGAGUUUGAAUGUGAAAAUAAUAGUUUAGAUAAAACGGGUGAAAAUUUAAGAGAUGUUUUAAUAAAAGCAGAUUUGUUAAACAAAAUUAGAUUUUUAACAUUUUCAUCUGAAGAAUUCAAAGAAGGACCAUUAAAAAGUGGAAUAUUAAACAGUGAAGAAAUACAAUAUAUAUCGAAUGCGAUUAAUUUUUGUGUAAAUGUUAACGAGAACAGUCAUAAUAGUAGUACGAUUAACAAAUUUACCCUAAAAUCAGAUCCCGAAUCGAAUUCAUCUAAAGUGCCUUGUUUAAGUAUAGAAAAUUCAUCAAUAAAUACAUCAUCUCCUUCGAAUAUAAAUACCAUUGUGGAAGGGAGGAAAAAAAUUCAAUUGAAAAAAGUUUAUUGUCAUAGAUUUAUUGAAAAAGAAGCUAGAUCUAAUUUAAUACCGAAGGACAAGCUAAAAAUACAUACAUACAUCACUGCCAAUAAAUCGGUGAGACUCACUGCGCUCUUUGUAAAUGCUAAAAUAUUGCCAUUUACACAACUUAAUGCAGGACUUGCUCACUUUUGUCCUUUCAUUGAAAGGAAUUACACUGAAAAGUUAUUUAUAAGUAUCUGUGAUAGUUCGGACAAGACUUUAUUUGGUACAUUAUUUUUGGAAAAAGUAGGUUAUGGAACAAUAUUUAAAAUCCCACUUCAAACUCCUGUGAUAUUGGAAAGAUCGAAAGAAUACAAAAUACAAAUUGAAUUAAUCGAUUCAUCUGAAAAUUAUUUAUUCGGUGUUAGAAAUUCAAUAUCGAAAAUUCCAUCUGGUUUGUGUGUUACAUUUAAAGAAAUGGCCAACAUAGGAGACUAUGGAAAUUUUAUUGAAGCUAACGAUUUAAGCAUAAUAUCCGGACUUGAAUUGUGCUUAUAA